AGUUCCGGCAGCGCGGAGAGACUAGCAAACAGGCGGGUGCCACAGUCUGAGGCAGCGUUUCAGCUCCGCUGUUGGCUCCGCGUCCGGGGUCGGAUCCCUCUCACUCUUGUCUGGCCUCCCUUUCCCCGCGUGUCUGGCUGACUAAAAAUGACAGCAAUCAAGCAUGCGUUACAAAGAGAUAUUUUUACACCAAAUGAUGAACGUCUGCUGAGUAUUGUCAAUGUCUGCAAAGCAGGAAAAAAGAAAAAGAACUGUUUUUUGUGUGCCACAGUGACAACAGAACGCCCCGUGCAGGUGAAGAUGGUCAAAGUCAAGAAAUCCGACAAAGGAGAUUUCUACAAAAGGCAGAUUGCUUGGGCCCUUCGAGACCUUGCUGUUGUAGAUGCCAAGGAUGCUAUUAAAGAAAAUCCUGAAUUUGAUUUACAUUUUGAAAAAAUAUAUAAAUGGGUUGCCAGCAGCACUGCUGAAAAGAAUGCAUUUAUUUCAUGCAUUUGGAAAUUGAAUCAGCGGUAUCUCCGGAAGAAAAUUGAUUUUGUCAAUGUUAGCUCACAGCUCCUGGAAGAACUGCCUAAAGUUACAGAAGAAUCUGUCCCAAGUGGAGAAAAUCAGAGUGUGACAGGAGGUGAUGAAGAAGUAGUAGAUGUUUACCAAGAGUUAAAUGCAAGAGAAGAGCAGGAUAUUGAAAUAAUGAUGGAAGGCUGUGAAUGUGCAAUCUCUAAUGCUGAGGCCUUUGCAGAAAGGUUGUCCAGAGAGCUACAGGUGCUAGAUGGGGCUAACAUCCAAUCAAUCAUGGCCUCUGAAAAGCAAGUGAACAUCCUGAUGAAGUUGCUGGACGAGGCUCUAAAGGAGGUAGAUCAGAUUGAAUUGAAACUGAGCAGUUAUGAGGAAAUGCUCCAAAGCGUAAAAGAACAAAUGGAUCAGAUCUCUGAAAGCAACCACCUAAUUCAUCUUAGUAACACUAAUAAUGUAAAACUCCUGUCUGAAAUAGAGUUUCUUGUGAACCACAUGGACUUGGCCAAAGGUCACAUAAAGGCCCUUCAGGAAGGAGAUCUUGCUUCUUCCAGAGGCAUUGAGGCCUGCACCAAUGCCGCAGAUGCCCUUCUCCAGUGCAUGAACGUAGCUCUUCGACCAGGCCAUGACAUGCUCCUGGCAGUCAAACAGCAACAGCAGCGUUUCAGUGAUUUGCGAGAGCAUUUUGCCCGGAGACUGGCCAGUCACCUCAACAAUGUUUUUGUUCAACAGUUUACUCAGGCCCUCCUUCAACUCUAUAACAGGUCCUACUUUCUUUCGGUGCCUGGUCACGAUCAGAGUUCAACUCUUGCUCAGCACUCUGUUGAACUGGCUCUACCCAAUCAUCAUCCAUUUCAUAGAGACUUGCUUCGAUAUGCCAAGUUGAUGGAGUGGCUAAAGAGUACAGAUUAUGGGAAAUAUGAGGGCCUAACAAAGAAUUACAUGGAUUAUUUAUCACGACUGUAUGAAAGAGAAAUUAAAGAUUUCUUUGAAGUUGCAAAGAUCAAGAUGACUGGCACAACUAAAGAAAGCAAGAAGUUUGCUACACUGCCUCGAAAAGAAAGUGCUGUCAAACAGGAAACAGAGAGUCUUCAUGGAAGUUCUGGGAAAUUAACUGGAUCCACUUCUAGUCUAAAUAAACUCAGUGUUCAGAGUUCAGGGAAUCGCAGAUCACAGUCAUCUUCUUUGUUGGAUAUGGGAAACAUGUCUGCCUCUGAUCUCGACGUUGCUGACAGGACCAAAUUUGAUAAGAUCUUUGAACAGGUACUAAGUGAACUAGAGCCCUUAUGUCUGGCAGAACAGGACUUCAUAAGUAAAUUUUUCAAACUACAGCAGCAUCAAAGUAUGCCUGGAACUAUGACUGAAGCAGAGGACCUAGAUGGAGUCACAUUAUCCCGGCAACAUGCUGCUGGCGCGCCGCUGCCGGUUUCAUCUGAGAAAGAUAUGAUCCGUCAAAUGAUGAUUAAAAUAUUUCGCUGCAUUGAACCAGAACUGAACAACCUAAUUGCGUUAGGAGACAAAAUUGAUAGCUUUAACUCCCUUUACAUGCUUGUCAAAAUGAGUCAUCAUGUGUGGACUGCACAAAAUGUGGAUCCUGCUUCUUUCCUGAGUACUACAUUGGGAAAUGUUCUGGUGACUGUCAAAAGGAACUUUGACAAAUGCAUUAGUAAUCAAAUAAGGCAAAUGGAAGAAGUAAAGAUCUCAAAAAAGAGUAAAGUAGGAAUUCUUCCAUUUGUUGCUGAAUUUGAAGAGUUUGCUGGACUCGCAGAAUCAAUCUUUAAAAAUGCUGAACGUCGUGGAGAUCUAGAUAAAGCAUAUACCAAACUUAUCAGAGGAGUAUUUGUUAAUGUGGAGAAAGUAGCAAAUGAAAGCCAGAAGACCCCCAGGGAUGUAGUUAUGAUGGAAAAUUUUCACCAUAUUUUUGCAACACUUUCUCGUUUGAAAAUCUCAUGUCUAGAAGCUGAAAAAAGAGAAGCCAAACAAAAAUACACAGAUCACCUUCAGUCUUAUGUCAUUUACUCUUUAGGACAACCUCUUGAAAAACUUAAUCAUUUCUUUGAAGGCGUUGAAGCUCGUGUAGCACAGGGUAUAAGAGAGGAGGAAGUCAGCUAUCAACUUGCAUUCAACAAACAAGAACUUCGCAAAGUCAUUAAAGAGUAUCCUGGAAAGGAAGUGAAAAAAGGUCUAGACAACCUCUACAAAAAGGUUGAUAAACAUUUAUGUGAAGAGGAGAACUUACUUCAGGUGGUGUGGCAUUCUAUGCAAGAUGAAUUUAUACGCCAGUACAAGCAUUUUGAAGGUUUGAUAGCUCGCUGUUAUCCUGGAUCUGGUGUUACAAUGGAAUUCACUAUUCAGGACAUUCUAGAUUAUUGCUCCAGUAUUGCACAGUCCCACUAAAAGGGAAGAGAUAAAUGAAAAAACUGUCUACGAUUUUAUGUAAAUGUAUGAAAAGAAAAGAUUUCGGUGCUAGGGAGCCCCUGCUGCUUUAAGUCAACAGACUGGGUCGGAGGAAUGGUUAUAUACCACUUCCCGUACCUGUGUAACUAAUAACACGAGACUUCCCUGUUGCAGGUGGUCACUUUGCUGUAUAUGCUAACAGGGACAAGUGAGAGGAAAAACAGCAAAUUGAGUAUCCCAGACAGUGACAAACCAUACUUCUGCCAAGUUUAUCUAAUCCAUUGUGGUAGAAAAGGUACAGCUCCAAUAAAUGUAUCAUUUAAAUUUUUUAAAAAUUAAAAAACUUCUGAAAGAAGUAAAGAUAAAUGAAAAAAAACACUCUGGGUACACCAGACACUCUUCAAAAUUAUCAAAGUAACUGUCUUGAGAACCUAGACUUGAAACUUUAUGUAUUAUUAUGUAAUACCAUACUACAAAUAUUCAAGAGCAAAAGUAUCAAUUUAUGUAGCAGUUUUAUUUAUCCAGUAGGUUGUGUACUAUGACUAAACAAAGUUUUCUUUUAUUGCCUAGUUUCUUGUAUUUGAGAAUGCUUAUCCUGUGUGUAAUGCGUUGGAAAUUCUUCCGUUUUCACCAGUUCACUAUUGCUUUCAAGUCAUGUAACUACUAAAAUAUUGUACAGAAUUUUCCCUCUGUUUAACUAAUGUGUAUAUGGAUAGGGGUCUUGUGAUGAACAGUUGUAAACUUAAAUUUUGAGGAUUGUGUGACUCUGUGUAGCAAUGUAUCUGAAAUAAAGAAAUUUAAAAAAAAAACUUUUCAGAAAAGUUAAAAUUUGGUAAUAUUCUUAGAUUUGUUAUAUGCUGUUUUUUAUAACAGCAAAUUCUUACAAAAUCAAUAUCCAAAAAGUUAUUAUAUGUUCAUUUACCACAAAACAUUUAAGAGUGUAAUAAGAAAAAUAAAACCUUUUAUGAUAAUAUUUAGGACUAAAUCUAACAAAACAUCGUACUAUGGACUGAAUUGUAUCUUCUCAGAAUUCCUAUGUGGAACCCCUAACUACCAUCCCCCCCCACAAUGUGACUUCAUUAGAAAUAAAGCCUUUAAGGGAGAGAUUAAGGUUAAAUGAGACCAUAAGGAUAGCACCCUGAUUCAAUAGAAAUAAGAAGCCACCAGAGCUCUCUGCCAUGUGGGGACACAGCAAGAAGACAGCCAUCUGCAGGCUGGAAAGAGGGUUCAUGAGAACCCAACCAUUCUGGCACCCUGAUCUUGGACUUUCAGCCUCCAAAACUGAGAAAAUAAAGUUCUAUUAGUUAACCCACUCAGUCUAUGGUAGUUUACUAUUGCGGCACAAGAUGUACAAGACCUUUAUGAAGAAAAUUAUAAAACUAUUGAAAGAUAUUAAAGAAGUCCUAAGUAAGUGGAGGAGUAUUUCAUGUGUUCGUGUAAGAACACAUAACAUAGUAGAAAUGGCAGUUAUUCUCAAAUGUAAGGAUUCAAUACAGAUUUCCAGUUUCCAGCCCUGUGCUUAAGAAGCUUGAAAGUCACCUCUCCAUUCUGACAAGUGAAAACUUGAACAAACUGAAAAAAUCAACUCUUAGAUCUGUAAGAGAAGGGAGGUCUCCGGAUGAACACUGCCACAAUUGGAGAGAUCCAACAAUAGAAUACAGAGAAUCCCAACUUACAACUUCCUGGAACAGAAACCCACAAGCUGAAACCCACAGGAACCAGUGCCCAGGUGGGGAAAACCAAACUGUAAUUAACAAACAUUAAUUUGUCUGAGAAAUAAAAAUUCCAGGCAGACCCA